AUGGCCCGAAACGCUGAAAAGGCCAUGACCACUCUGGCUCGAUGGAGGGCCUCGCAGAUAGAAGAGCCAAUCCGCAAAAAACGCCGGCCAUUUUUUGCCAAUGAUUGCAACGACCUAAGAGAUGCUCAGCGAUGGAGACUCGACAUUAUCCGCGAAAUCAGUCGAAAAGUGACUCAAAUUCAGAAUGCUGGCUUGGGUGAACAUCGUAUUCGUGAUCUCAACGACCAGAUUAAUAAACUACUAAGAGAGAAGAAGCACUGGGAAAUAAGAAUAAAAGAACUUGGUGGGACGGAUAUAAAUUUUAAAGCAGGGCCUAAAUUCGAUGCAUCCGCCAAAGAAGCUCCUGGGAAUCGAGGUUAUAAGUACUUUGGAGCAGCAAAAGACUUGCCCGGAGUUCGUAACUUGUUUACUCAAGAGCCAGCCCCAGUGGCAAAGAAAACAAGAGCCGAGUUAAUGAAACAUGUUGAUGCCGACUACUAUGGAUACCGAGAUGAAGACGAUGGCGUCAUUCUGAAAGAGGAGGAAAAAGUCCAAAGAGAGCAACUUCUCAAAUUGGCAAAUGCUGAUGGUGAAUCCAACAUUCAGACCAUUCAAGAGCGCAUAAAUGCCAUUUGCAAAGAUGACACCAAGAAAAAUGACGAUGGAGUUGACUUUGCAGGUCCCAAAAAUUUCAUUUCACACGUCCCAUCAAUUCCCACUCAACAGGAAAUUCACGACGAGCUGAUUCGCCGGAAAAAGCAGGAGUUGUUGGAAAGAUACGUCUCUGACGAUAUUCGUGAAUCGGAAACAAACGCAAAAACUAUGCUUGGAAUUGAGUAA